ACUGUAAUUCAAGUCAAUGUUUUUUGUUGCAAUAGUGCCCCUGUGUGGUUGAAAAGAUUAUUGUUUGCAUGGAUUGUGUUUAGCUGAUUGGUUGAGGGUGAGAGAGCGGAAGCAGGAAGCAGGAACGCAGCAGCCUCGAUUCAGCGGAGAAGUUGUUUGCAAAAGAGAGCAGAAAAUAAGGAAAUGCAAAAGGAAACAUGGACGAUCAGCAAACCUAACAGCUCCCACACAUUUGAACAGAAGGCGCACACGUUUUUCACGUUGCUUCUUGCCCAGCUAAAAAGAAAUAAAACGCUGGCAAAUUCAUCAGUUGAAGCGUGGCCUAUUUCUGUGCAAAUAAAUAACCUGGGAGCGGUUAUAGUGAAAAACGUGUCCCCUGCCGUUAUCAACGAGGAAACAUCGCUGCACCGGCGUGAGAGGGGCCAGCCAGCGAAAGAGCGACGAGUGAGCAGCGUGGCUUCAGCUUGACCAUGCUCCAAGGGAAAGAGGUCUACGUGGAGUCCAUCACCAGCCUCCAUGGUUCUGCAGCAGCUGGACGUCCAGACUUCAACAGCUUGACCAUGCUUCAAGGGAACGAGACCUUCGUAGAGUUCAUCACCAGCCUCCAUGGUUCUGCAGUGGCUGGAUAUCCAAACCUCAAACAGUUUUUCCAGUGGAAUUAAAGACUAAAGCUUCACUUCAGCACAAUGCAAGUCUACAGUAAGCCCAAGCUUCACAAGGAUACCAGGUCAGACUGUGUCUAUAGACUCUAAAAAAAAAAAAAAAAAAAAAACUCAAAUACAAAGAAGAAGAGAUAAAGAAAAAGAGUUCAAAGGAGUUAAGAGAGUUAAAAUUGUUUACAAAGUGUUUUUGUUUAUUUUUGCUGUGACACUGGUAUUGUUUGAUAUUUUAAUAUUGGGUUAACUUUGAAAUAUUUGAAGUCUAUUGUGCAACACUGAGAUGGAAGAUACUUCAGAAACACGUCUGUUAGAAGAAGUAAUUGAAGCAUUAGAAAAAGAGAAGGCUUCAUUAGAGGUAAAACUAAUGGAUGAUCUUGAAGACAAAGAAAAACAAGAGAUUGAAAUACGCCUAGGUGAGAUCCAUGCAGAUCUUGAAAUUCAAAGAAUAGGCCAACGUCCAAUCCAAACUUUACCUGGAGUUGAAACAGAAGUGAGGCGCUCAGACAGAGAAAGAAACCUAACUGAGAAAAUGUUGGAACUGAAAAGAGAUGACAUACUGAGCAAAGAGAGAAGUUUUAUGUCAACCUACUUGCACUUUAAAGCUGAGGUUCAACUCACAAGGUCAAAACUGAAAGGAGAAUGCUCUAAACUUGAGUUAGGUGACAUGAUUCAAAGGGUUGAAAAAUGCGAGUCAGAUUUAAAGCAAAACUAUGUAUCUUUACGUGCACUGACCGCACCAUCCCAAGACAUAAGGAGAAAAAUGGACAGUGGCAGUUCGGUUUGUACUGAUAUCAUAAAGCUUCUGAAAAGGCGUUAUGCAGAUUCUGACAAGGAAUUUAAUGCACAAGCUGCAAAGGAAUCAGUCUUUCAAUUACUGCAAAGAGAGGAUGCAAAGUCAAUUUAUGGCUCAACUGUGUCAAGACAGAGAAGUCAACACAGAAGUCUAAGUGAGCACGAAAGCCAAUUUUCUGCAAAAAGGGCUGAAGCAGCAGCACGUUUAGCUUCAAAACGAGCAGAAAUAAACAGAGAAAUGGAAAUCUCAAAGCAAAGACAGGAGAUUCUUGCUCAGCAAGAGAAGCUGAAAAUGUUGGAGAACCAAAGAGAUCUUGAGGCAAUAGAAGCAGAGUACAAUGUAUAUGCUGAAGAAGAAUCAAAGAUGAAUGCUGAAAGAACUGCAAGUGAAAUAAAGGUCACUUCAAGUCAGCUUCCAAAACAGCAGCAGAACAAUGUCUCACGCCCAGAAGUUCUUUGUAAGCCAGCGCCAGCUUUACCUGAGAUUAAAGGUGAAAAGAUUUUCCAAAGGGUGUAUGUCCCACAAACUUGUGACAGGAAUCCAAUGCCAAAAGACACUGAAGUAGCAUUAGUCCAAGCGUUAAAGGACUCGUUGACAAUGACAAGACUGCCAGCUCCUGAACCAUUUACAUUUAGUGGGGAUCCGCUGAAAUUCAUUGAGUGGAGCACCUGUUUCAAAGCUUUAAUAGAGACUAGCUGUGUUGAUCCAGCUCACAGAUUGUUCUACCUGAAAAAGUACAUAAGUGGGGAAGCACUUACUGUAUUAGAAGGAACAUUUUAUAGAAGCGAUGAGGAAGCUUACACCCAGGCUUGGGAGGCUUUGAAUAAACGUUAUGGCCAUCCAUUUGUUGUCCAGAGAGCGUUUAGAGGAAAACUAAGCAGUUGGCCAAAGAUUGGGUCAAAGGAGUCUCUGAAACUGCGAGAGUUUAGUGAUUUCCUCAUUUCAUGCAAAAACGCUAUGCCUCAUGUACAAGGUCUCAGGGUAUUAGAUGAUUGUGAAGAAAAUCAAAAAAUACUCCUCAAGCUACCAGACUGGGCAACAACACGUUGGAACAGAUAUGUGACUAAAACACUGGAUGAAGGAAAAGAAUAUCCAAGUUUUGCGGAAUUUGCUGACUUUGUGGCUGAAGAAGCACGCAUAGCAUGCAACCCAGUCUCGUCCUUGUUUGCACUGCGAACAUGUGACAAACUAGACAAGGAGCAAAAGCGUCCUAAGGCGAGUGUCUUAACUACUACGAUAAAAGGAAUCAAGAAUACGAAGGCAGCAAGCACAGCUCAAGAAAUCAAAUCUCCCCCUUCCACAACUCAGAACAAAAGACAAAUUGAGUGCAUUUGUUGCAAGCAAAGCCACUUUAUUUACAAAUGUGUAAAAUUUGCUGAAAUGUCUCUGGAGGAAAAGAAGAAGUUUGUUUCUGAGAAUAAUAUGUGCUAUAGUUGUCUGAGAGUUGGCCACAUUUCAAAAAACUGUCGGCAAAAGGCUACUUGUAAUGUGUGCAGGAAAAACCAUCCUACUCCACUUCAUGAGGACCGUCCACAAGUGGACAAACUUGAAACGCCACCACAAGAAGAUGCUUCUGCAGUGUCGAACAAUGUGAGAAUAGACAAUAGUGACCGUACUUCAAUGAUUGUGCCGGUAUGGUUAUCUUGUGCAGAAGGUAAUGGGCUUGAGAUCUUAGUUUACGCGCUCCUAGAUACUCAAAGCAGCAACACGUUCAUAGACCAAGACAUUUGUGAAAAGAUUCAAGCACUCACAGAGUCAGUUAAGCUGAAACUGACAACAAUGACAGACAGGGGUUCAAUUGUUCAGAGUCAAAGAGUGAAUGGGCUGAAAGUAAGAGGCUACUAUUCACAAGAGUACAUUGAGUUACCUCCCACAUACACUCGUGAAUACAUCCCCCUUGAACAAAGCAGUAUUCCCACUCGAGAAACAACAAAGGGAUGGGCACAUCUUCAAGGUAUUGCACGAGAAAUGCCAGAGUUGCUUGAUUGUCCUGCAGCACUUCUUAUUGGCUACGAUUGUGCAAGAGCUCUGAAACCAAGAGAAGUAAUACCAGGCAACGACUACGAUCCUUAUGCAAUCAAAACAGACUUAGGUUGGAGUAUUGUCGGAUCUAUCAAGCCUUUGACAAGUUCAAUGGAUGUAACCGGAGCGUGCCAUCGUAUCACUGUUAAAGAGCUGCCAUCCAUCACUCCCUCUUCUGUGAUCAAAGUGUUGGAAACAGAUUUUCGGGACACAAAUCCCAAAGAUGGAAACAUAUCACAAGAGGACAUUCAAUUUUUGCAGCUCCUCAAUGAAAACGUACACAUCAAUGAAGAAGGUCAUUUGGAAAUGCCUUUACCUUUCAGAGAACGUCCCCAGCUUCCAAACAACAAACAGCUCGCAAUAACACGGCUCAAGCACUUGAAAGCAAAAAUGGAAAGGAAUCAGAAGUACAAAGAGGAUUAUGUUAAAUUUAUGAAUCGUGUAUUUGAAGAUGGUGAUGCAGAGGAAGCAGUCGGCACAUCUGCAGAUGAUGUCACAUGGUAUAUACCUCACCAUGGGGUAUACCAUCCCAGAAAGCCAGAGAAAGUGAGAGUUGUGUUUGACUGCUCAGCGAAAUUUCAGGACACAUCUUUAAAUGACCAUCUCCUCACAGGCCCAGACUUAAUCAAUACGCUCAUAGGGGUACUCUGCAGAUUUAGAGAACACCAAGUUGCCAUUACAUGCGAUGUAGAGAAAAUGUUCCACCGCUUUCAUGUCUCUCCAGAAGACAGAGACUUCUUAAGGUUUUUAUGGUGGCAGGAUGGAAACACCAGUACAGAGCCAAAAGAGUAUCGCAUGCGUGUUCAUAUUUUCGGAGCAGCAUCCUCGCCUGGUUGUGCGAACUAUGGCAUGAAGUAUCUUGCAAGUGAACAUGAAAAGGAUUAUCCGUUGGCGGCAAGCUUCAUUCACAGAAACUUUUAUGUGGAUGACGGAUUAAUCAGUGUCGAUAAAAUCGAAACAGCAAAACAGCUGGUCCGUCAAGCACAAGAGAUCUGUGCAAAAGGAAAAUUGCGCUUACACAAAUUUGUGUGCAACAAAAGAGAAGUUUUGGAGGUAAUCCCAGAAUCAGAGCAUGCCAUCAAUGACAAAGAUGUCAAUCUGAACUACUCUGACAUUCCUAUGCAAAGUGUGCUGGGAGUCAAAUGGAAUGUGGAAACAGAUUCACUCUCGUUCAAUGUUGUUCUCAAAGGAAAGCCAGCCACUCGGCGAGGAAUCCUGGCAACAGUAGCGAGUGUGUAUGAUCCACUAGGAUUUCUUUCUCCAUACAUUCUAACUGGGAAGCAAGUACUACAGGAAAUGUGCAAACGCGGCAUAGGAUGGGAUGACCCUAUUCCUCCUGCUCUGGAAAAGCAAUGGAAAAUAUGGCUUAAUGAUCUGGAAAACUUGCCAAAGAUUCAAAUACAGAGAUGCUUCAUUCCCGAGGACAUGGAUACAGUGCAAAGGAUUGAGUUACAUCAUUUCUCGGAUGCAAGCAGCAGUGGCUAUGGACAAUGCUCAUACAUCAGGAUUGUAGCAGAAAACAAGGUGCAUUGUACUCUCGUUAUGGGAAAAGCCAGAGUGGCUCCCACCAGAGUUGUCACUAUACCACGUCUCGAACUGACCGCAGCGGCAGUUUCAGCGGGAGUAAGUAACUUCCUCAAAACAGAGCUUGAGCUAAAGAUUGACGAGGAGUUCUUCUGGACUGAUUCUCAAGUGGUGCUCGGGUACAUUAAAAAUGAAGCAAAGCGCUUUCACGUCUUUGUCGCAAACCGUGUUCAGAAAAUUAGAGACUUCACAGAUCCAAAGCAAUGGUUCUACAUAGAGACGGAUCAGAAUCCAGCAGACCACGCUUCUAGAGGUCUCAAGGUGGCAGAGCUCAUGGACUCUAGUUGGUUAACUGGACCUAGAUUUCUCUGGGACAGAGAACUUGUAACCAAGCCACACUCCCCAGCUCUUUUCUUGGGAGACCCUGAAGUAAAGGUUCUUGAAACUAAUGCUCAAGAGAAAGACAAUUUUCUUGAGAGAUUCUCGAGAUUUUCUGAUUGGAACAUGGCACUUAAUGUUGUUGCAAGGAUAAAGAGACUUAACAAAAGAGACAAAUCAGAGCUCAUUACUGUUGAAGAAAGACAAGAGGCUUCUCUAGCGCUUAUUCGGCUAGCACAGAGAAGAACUUUUGAACAAGAGUUGGAUCGAGUGAGACAAAAGGGAAACAAAUUGCCAAGAACUCACAAGUUGCAUCAACUUGAUCCUUUCAUUGAUAAUGAUGUACUCAGAGUCGGAGGCAGGUUGAGAAAAUCCUCAGCAUCAUUUGAGCUUAGACAUCCUGCUAUUCUUCCUAAGGAAGAUAUUGUCACAAAACUGAUUGUUGAUUAUUAUCACAAGAAAACACAACACCAAGGACGAGGUCAAACCCUAAAUGCACUUAGAGCCAAUGGCUAUUGGAUUGUAGGUGCCAGUAAAGUAGUGGCCAGUUACAUCAAAGAUUGUGUAGUAUGCAGAAAGAUGCGAGGGUCAACAGAAGAACAGCGUAUGGCUGACUUACCAGCUGAUAGAGUAGAGCUCUCCCCUCCUUUCUCUUUCACAGGAUUAGAUUGUUUUGGUCCUUUUAUCACAAAACAAGGUCGAAAGGAGUGUAAACGUUAUGGUCUUCUAUUUACAUGUUUAAGCUCCAGAGCUAUUCACAUUGAGAUGUUAGAAGAUCUUUCUACUGAUGCGUUUAUAAAUGGAUUGAGAUGUUUUAUAGCGAUCAGAGGAGCAGUGAGACAGAUUCGAUCCGAUCAAGGCACAAAUUUUGUCGGAGCUCGUAAUGAGUUUGAGAAAGGUCUCAAAGAUCUUGACAAGGACAGGAUUGCUACCUAUCUAGCUAAAAACCAAUGUGACUUUCAAAUGAAUGUUCCCGAAGCAAGUCACCGAGGCGGUGUCUGGGAACGCCAAAUCAGGACUGUCAGGAAUGUUUUGAGUUCAGUCUUGGCACAAGCCAUAGGAAGACUUGAUGACACCUCUCUAAGAACUUUCUUUUAUGAGGCUAUGUCAAUUGUAAACAGUCGCCCACUUACCACUAAUACUAUUAGUGAUCCAAAAAGUGCGGAACCUUUGACGCCCAAUCAUUUACUUACAAUGAAAGAGUCAAUCCCUCUUCCACCUCCAGGCAAUUUUGUCGGUGAAGAUUUGUACAGUCGAAAGAGAUGGAGAAAAGUACAGUAUCUUGCAGAACAGUUUUGGCACAGAUGGCGCAAGGAGUACUUAACCAGUAUAAGUUUAAGACAACAGUGGCACACAUCCAAACGAAAUGUACAAGUCGGAGAUGUAGUGAUCAUUAAAGAAGAGAACAUUCCCAGAAAUGAAUGGAAAUUGGCAAAGGUAAUUGAAGCCAAUAAAGACGAUGAUGGUUUGGUACGAAAAGUCAAGAUUCAAGUUGGACAAAGAGAUUUAGGAAGUAAAGGUGAACGUCUGAAACAGUUGUCCUAUCUUGAACGACCAGUACAGAAACUAGUGGUACUAGUACAAAAUGAGUCAAUUAAGAUUUGAAAGGUUAAGAAUGGUUUAUUUUCUUUUAGGUUGGAAAAUUACCAUGUUUUAUUUUGUUGUAAUAUAAACCUGUUGUAAUUUUGGUGGCAGUGUGGCUGUCGCAGUAAAAACAAUAAUAUUGGGUUUUUUUUGUAUAAUAUCCACUGUAAUUCAAGUCAAUGUUUUUUGUUGCAAUAGUGCCCCUGUGUGGUUGAAAAGAUUAUUGUUUGCAUGGAUUGUGUUUAGCUGAUUGGUUGAGGGUGAGAGAGCGGAAGCAGGAAGCAGGAACGCAGCAGCCUCGAUUCAGCGGAGAAGUUGUUUGCAAAAGAGAGCAGAAAAUAAGGAAAUGCAAAAGGAAACAUGGACGAUCAGCAAACCUAACAGCUCCCACACAUUUGAACAGAAGGCGCACACGCUGACGCAGCCUGACGCGUAACGUGCAGCCGGAAGCGGAAGCCGCGGGGCUGACUGAUGUAGCUUAGCCACUCCGGAGCGUCACUCACCGGGCAGAGACAGAAGAACUCCCCGCAGACAUGCUCUGGUUCGAGGGCUCCAUCCCUGAUGCCAUCAACUUGGCCAAGCAGCGGGGAUCCGUGUUCGUCGUGGUCAUUACAGGAGAAGAUGAGCAGUCUUCACAGCUCAUGUCCAGCUGGGAGGAUGUCCAAGUGUCGGAGACGGCUCAGAACUGUUGCGUGGCCAUCAGAGUGGAUGCUAAGAGUGACACAUGUGUGCAGUUCUCUCAGAUCUAUCCAGUGGUCUGCAUACCGUCCAGCUUCUUCAUCGGAGAUAAUGGGAUUCCUCUGGAAGUCAUCGCCGGAAGUGUCUCCGCUGAGGAACUGACCAAGAGAAUCCAGAGAGUCAACCAGAUGCAUCGUCAGGAGGAGGUGAGCAGUGGAAGCCAGGUACCUGUGGAGAGCAGCCCACCUGCCAGCUCCACAGCCUCAGAGUCUGCUGCAGCCUCAGAGUCUGCUGCAGCCUCAGCAGCUCCACAAACAACCAAAGAAUCUCUUUCCAGUUCUUUGAGUCCAAGCUGUUCUUCAGGUUCUCCUGCAGAGGACUCGUCUUCACCUCAGAGCUGUGAGGAGAACCUGGACGCUAAAGUGGAGAGAUUGACAAAGAAACUGGAGGAGAGGCGAGAACAACGCAAGAAAGGCGAGGAAGAGCAUGAGAUCAGGAAGGAGAUGGAUCGGAGGAAGAUGGGGAAAGACAUGCAGGACUUCAAGAGGAAGCAGGAAGAGGAGAAGACCAAGCGCCUCCUGGAGGAGAGGAACAGAGAGAAGGCGGAGGAGAAGGCCGCCAGAGAGCGGGUCAAACAGCAGAUCGCCAUGGACCGGGCCGACAGAGCAGCUCGAUAUGCCAAAACUCAGGAGGAGGAGAAGGCCGCCAAGCAGGCGCUGCUGCAGGCCCGCCAGGCGGAGCAGGAGGCCCGGAGGGAGGCCACGGUCCGAGAGAGGAGCACCGUGGCCAGGAUCCAGUUCCGCCUGCCGGACGGCUCGUCCUUCACCAGCCAGUUCCCCUCACAGAGCAAACUGCAGGAGGCUCGGCAGUUCGCUGUUCAGGAGGUGGGGAACCGCUACGGGAACUUCUCCCUGGCCACCAUGUUUCCUCGACGGGAGUUCACCAGUGAAGACCUGAACAAGACCCUGCUGGAGCUGGAGCUGGCCCCCAGUGCCUCCAUCGUACUGCUGCCUCAGUCCAGCCGGCCCUCCAACUCGGUGGUCCAGUCCGGCGGUGGGGGGAUCUGGGCGGUCCUGGGCACCAUCCUCUACCCUCUGCUGGCCGUGUGGAGAUUCCUCAGCUCCUUCCUGUUUGUGGCUCCGCCCCCAGCCAGGCCGCCCCCAGCCAGAGGCCCCGCCCCCCAGCAGCCCACCUCUCACACUAACGCAGGCCCCAGCAAAGCCAAGAGAGAAUCCCUCACCAAGCACAGUUUGGAGAACAGACCCAAGGACUUCAAGAAAGACGGUAAAAUCUGCCGGCUCAGGACUCAGGAGGACAGCGAGGACGAUAACAACACCUGGAACGGGAACUCCACCCAGCAGAUGUAGUGUGGCCCUCCCUCUGUGUCCCACCCUGCUUGCAUGGGUAGAUCCAUAACCAUCACCAGAAUUCCUCCUGCUGCUUCAGCUCAGUGUUUUUUGUGUUGAUUAUAACAUGAAGCAGGUUCAGACUGCAGCCACUGCGACGUCCUGAAAACGGCCCGCUUGGGGUCCUGAAAGCGGCCCUCGGUCCGCUCGCUUCCCCGCCGCUCAGCUGCAGUCUGGUCCUGCCGUUAUCUGCUUCUGGACUCACUGCAGCUUUGAAACUUUAAACAGACGGAAUUCAGAAAUGUGGAAUGAAGAUGAUUUUUCCUGUUAGAUGUAAAAAAAAAAAAUAUAUAUAUGCAGCCGCUGGAAUAGGAUGACACACACACACACACACCCAUGUACUAUGACACCCUGAGUGUGUAUGUGUGUGUAAACCACAGACCAUAACUGUAGUUCUUUGUUGAAUCAUAAAAAGUUGAACUGCUUGUUUUUUCAGA